GAGAGACAGAAAGAGAAAGAGACACACACACACACACACACACACAGAGCUCUCGGGGAAACAUGAGGCAGCUUCAGUCCGCUUCUUUGAGUUGUUCAGGAUUUUGGACACACUGUUGAUUUCAGUCUGGUUUUAGGCUUCAGGGGAAAAAAAGCUGAAGUUUGCUAACUUUUCUGGCGUGGACUUGAAGCCGGUGCGAUUCACUCAGUAACGGUCUGAUUUGAUCAAAUGCUUCAAAUAAAUAGUAAAGACAGAAUGCUGUUUCAUCAUUUGAACAACUGAGUGUCCUAACAUUUUUGGAAUUGGGGUUGUAGAAGAGAAAGGGACAGAAUGAGAAUGAAAAGCUGCACCAGACCCCUCAACCAGGGAAGGACUUGGCUUUUCCUCUUAUUGUCAAUAUUGGUAUUUUGUGGUCUGAUCAGAUAUGUAAAAAUUACUAAUGAUAAUGACAUCAAAUCCAGACAAGCCAGAGGGCCAACAGAUACUCAGUGGCGUUUUACUGAACAAUAUGGAAUCAACUGUUUGGAUAUUUAUGACAUGGACCCUGUUAGUUUGGGUAAGACUUUGGAACUCAGAAAGAAAGUCCCUCCCAUUCCAAGUGACAUGAGCAUGGUGAAUGCAAAUUUGGACUGUGUACAAUUCUUGGCAUCAAAGGGGUACAGUAAAGUCAAGAUAUCUGACCAGGAACGUGAUUUUCCACUUGCUUUCUCUCUGGUGGUGCACAAAGAUGCAUACAUGGUAGAGCGGCUCCUGCGUGCCAUUUAUGCACCACACAACGUCUAUUGCAUCCACUAUGACCUGAAAUCAUCAAUGACUUUCGCAGAAGCUAUGCAUGGUCUAACACGCUGCCUUCCCAAUGUCUUUGUGGCUUCACGGUUAGAGACAGUGCAGUAUGGGGGCAUCUCACGCCUCCGUGCUGACCUCAACUGCCUCUCUGAUCUCCUAAACUCCCACAUCCGCUGGAGAUACGUCAUCAACCUAUGUGGCCAGGAUUUCCCACUCCGUUCCAAUGCUGAGAUUGUAUCCGACCUCAAGGCUCUAAAAGGUAUGAACGUGCUUGAGACAACCCGUCCCAGCACAUUCAAGAAGCAGCGCUUCACUUUCCAGUUUGAGCUCAAAGAUUCACAAUCACGGUACCAUGCUACUCCAGUCAAAACAAAUCAGAAGAAACAGCCCCCACCUCAUAACAUUGAGAUAUUUGUGGGCAGUGCUUACUUCGUUCUCUCCAGAGAGUUUGUAAACUUUGUGCACUGGAGUCCUCUGGUAAAAGACUUUCUAGCCUGGUCUGAGGACACAUACUCACCUGACGAACAUUUCUGGGCCACCUUGAUUCGCAUCCCUGGAGUCCCUGGUGCGAUCAAAAGGUCUGACCCAGACAUUUCAGACUUGAUGAGCAAGACACGCCUGGUGAAGUGGCAAUACCUGGAAGGGAAGCUUUAUCCAGCAUGCACAGGGGUACAUGUACACAGUGUAUGCAUUUAUGGUGCUGCUGAACUCCGGUGGCUCCUCAACGAUGGACAUUGGUUUGCCAAUAAGUUUGAUCUGAAGGUUGAUCCUGUGGUCAUUGAAUGUCUUGAAAGGAACUUGACUGAGAGAGCAAUAGUUACAACAUGGUAAAUGCUUGGACAUUUUCUCAAUCACUAAUUUCCUGUCAAUAAACAAACUAGGUGUUCCUGGACUGACUAGACAAACAUUUAAACAACUUUUGAAUGUGCUAAUAUUUCUGAUUAGUACUUCUAAAGUGGAGAUUUGGUUAAAUAUUUAUUUAUUUAAUUCUCACAUUUUUAUGAAGCUGUUUUGAUCUGAGUUAUGAACCUGUGGUUAGCAUUGCAGAUGUUUGGACUGUUUUCAGGCAAUUUCUAUACAUUCAGUUUAUUAUAUAUACACACUCCCUGGCCAAAAAAGUCACUAUUUGAAUAAGAGCAAUUCCAGCGUUAUGGACGUGACACUUGAACUCAAAAUGGCAACAAAUGACCCAGUGCAUGUUUUAUUGUCUCCCAGUAUUUAAACAGGUGUUGCAUAUUUUAAGGCUGUACCAUACUGGAGAAGUGAUAGAACAAGAACAGUUCCCAUAGUACAUCUAGGGCAUGCCAGAAAAUGCCAAUAAAAGAUGCGUUAUGGAUGUGACAGAAAAAGUAUCACUUUUCUUGGGUGACUGUACAUUUUUAUCAAACUCUGUGAAAUUGUAAACCUAAUGUCGAAAUGGAGAUAUCCAUUUGAUAGAGGGGUCCAAGGUGAAUAUUAAAAAAUCUUUGUUUAAA